CAGUUACAUCUUGUUCAAAUCAUGUGUGGUACUAAAAACAGUGCCUAACGGCUAUUUGGCAACGAUUAAUCGAAAGGUGAAUUAAUAAAUUGAUUAAUAAAGAUUAAAAGGAAUAAAAGGUUCAGUGAGGUUGUACGGAAAGUAUAGAUAGCUAAUCUAACCUUAAUUACUGAUAAUAUCGCAGAAAUCGUACAGAAUGUAUCAAGACAUUCGAGCAGAUACAUGAAACGGUGUAAAAUUAAAGUUCAGAUCUGUUAAUAUGUAAAUCGUAGAAUGCUGAUGCGACGGCAGAAGGCGUAAGAAAGUAUAAAUCUUGUAUGAUGCAAGCUACCAUUAGAGAAUCAAUUCCCUUUGGAAUGAUAUGUGGAGCAAUAGCAUAUUCAAUGAUGCCUAAACACGUAAAGGGAACACCAAAGAGAGCAUUCUCGAGCAUUAUCGCUACCGCAGGGUUUAUAUCCUCAAGGGUUUCACAUAUUCCAAGAUGUUACGAACAUGCAUUUGGUACGAAACAACUAGAUGGAAGAAGUAGGGAUUUGCACAAUACCUCAGAUCGUGUACAUACUUCCAAGGAAGAAGACCAGGAGGACAAGUAUAUGAUGCAUCCUGAUAAGACGGAAGAGGAACCAGCUUGGAAUAGUUACGAUCCCCCAUUUGAAAGUAAUACAAACGAAUUUGACUAUACCAGUGAUAUGCAAGAUGUAUUACAAGAGGACGAGGCGGAUGAGCUAACAAAUAAACAAGAAAGAAAUGUAAAAAAGCGAGUAACAUACGAUGAUUUAUUUAAGGAGCAUAUGAGCGGAAACAAAGAUAUCCGGAGGAAUGUUUGGAGUUGAAAUAAACGGUUUACGAAGAUUUGUCGUCGAAACGAAAGUACGUGUUGUACGGAAAGGAGAGAUACGUGAAGGAAACAUCAUAGUGACAAAUAGGUGGUAAGGAAAUAUAGUAAAACUGUAAAGUGGAAAAUCGAAGAGGAAGUUACCAGUAUGAAAUGUUGUUAAGAGUUGCAAUGUAUGUAAAUCAUAGGGCGAUAUUACUUUCAAUAAAAGGAAAAAGUGGGUGUGCAGCAUAUAGUAUUACAUUUGCUAUAUAAGUAGAUGUAGAAUUUUUUAUCGAGGCAAAAUAUCGAUUACAGGUAAUAUCAGCUUAAAGAUUAACGUUGUCAAAACAUAAUUCGAAAUAAAUACAUACAUCAGACAUUCAGGCACUUGUAACCAGAAAUAAAAGAAU